AUGACCCAAAUCUACAUCAACCAGCUCCUCACAGAGGACAACAAGGUUGACGACGACAAGGUGCGCGCGUACACCAAGAUGCGCGUCGGCUCGUACCUCACCAGUCCGUUCAACAACGGGCCCGUGAACGGCACGUACAUGUGGACCGCCGACGAGUGGCGUGAAGUCAUCACGAGGAUCCAGGAGAUCACGAUGGAGGAGAAUGGUGAUCACCCGAUGGUGUACGGCGUGGACUCUGUGCACGGCGCCAUCUUCGUGAAGGACGCCGUGCUGUUCGGCCAGCAAAUCAACGGCGGCGCGUCGUUCAACCCCGACCUCGUGUACGAGCAGGGUCGCAUCACCGGCCGCGACACGGAGGCGUCGGGCGUACCAUGGGUAUUUGGCCCCAUUCUCGGCAUCUCGCGCAACCCACUCUGGGCACGUGACGCUAUCAUCCGCGGCCUGCAGAGCAACAACUACACCGCCGCGUGCAUGAAACACUGGAUCGUUUACCCGAAGACCCCCUCCGGUCAUGACAAGGACGCCGUGACCGUGUCGGACUACGACAUGAUGAAUUACUUCUUCCCGCCCUUCAAGGCCGCGGUGGACGCCGGCGUGAUCAGCGCGAUGGAAAACUACAUAUCCAUCAACGGCGUGCCUACCGUGUCGAAUACCAAGCUCAUGAACGCGCUGCUGCGCGAUGAUCUGGGCUUCGACGGCAUGAUGACCGAAGCCACCCGCAUCUCGCUCACACGCGCGUCCGUGGACAUGAGUAUGGUAGCGCAGGACACGAGCUUCUACAACGGCACUAAGGCGCUGUUGGAGCAGAGUCCACAGUUCCGCGAGCGGCUCAAAGAGUCUGCCCGUCGCGUGGUCAAGAUGAAGCUGCAGUUGGGUCUGUACGAGACACCCGUGCGCGGCGAAGAGAACCUCGCACUCAUCGGCAACGACGACGAUAUCUCGGCGGCUCUGGAGCUGGCGCGCGAAUCUAUUGUGUUGCUGCAGAACAACGACAGCACACUGCCGCUCAAGGAGGACGCGUCGGUGUUCCUCACGCGUUUCACCGCCGACAACAUCGGCCGUAUGUGCGGCGGUUGGACGAUCGCAUGGCAAGGCUACAGCGACCAGGACCACUUGCUCACAAAGGGAAUCGUGGUCAAGUCGGCCAUGGAGACGCUCGUCGGCAACGACAGCUUCAGCUUCUUCAACGGCCUUCACCCGAACGGUUCGUACACUGAGGCGGACCUGGCCACGGCAAAGGAAUUAGCUAGCAAUGCUGAGUACACCAUCGCCGUGAUCGGCAAGGACACGUACGCCGAGAAACCUGGUGACAUCGACGACCUGGCGUUGCCCGCUGGUCAGAUUGAGUACGUGAAGGAGCUGGCAUCCACAGGUACGAAAGUGAUCUUGGUGUUGUUCGAGGGUCGUCCACGUCUGCUUGGUGACCUACCCGAGACCGCACACGCGGUGGUGAACGGUUUGUUGGCAUGUGAGCUGGUCGGCCAAGCCAUGGCCGAGAUCAUCUACGGCAAAGUAAACCCCAGUGGUCGCAUGCCGAUCACGUACCCGAAGGACCAGGCCAACAUCCAUAUGACGUACAACCACCCUGUGACGAGCAUGUGCCAGACGCAGGAGUCCGACGGUGCUUAUUACUGCGAGAAUCAGUGGGAUUUCGGAACGGGCCUCAGCUACACUGAGUUCACCUACUCUGAAGUGCGUCUGAGCCGCAACGUCGUCACGUCUUCGGCGGAAGACGUCGUAGUGUCUGUGGAUGUUACGAACGCUGGUAGUGUAGCCGGUAAGGAGACCGUCAUGCUCUUCCUCAUCCAGCCAUACAACUCGCUGAAUGUGCCGGAGAUGAAGCAGCUCAAGAAGUUCUCCAAGAUCAGUCUCGAGCCUGGCCAGACACAGAACGUCAACUUCACACUCACAUCUGACGACUGGAGUGUUUACUACCCACAGGUGGGUCACGGGCUCAAGAAGGUGGCCGAGGACUGCGAAUACGUGGUGGCCAUCAAACCGGAGACGGACUGCGACGUGUACAACGAGACGGCCGUGGCCAACCCGCUCUGUGCAACCUUCUCACUCAACACGGGCGAGUAUUCGUUCGGCACGUUCGAGGAGCCGUGGUAA